UUCAUGACUUCAUGUGAGUUCUCAAUACAGCCAUUAUGACAUCGGUAGCCUGGUCAACUUAAGGAGUCUGAGCUGCCAGCUGGUACCAUUCACUCAGCCCGGCCUCCUAACCUCCAGCACACAUCACAGCCAAGGCCAUGAUCCUGCCCUCCAUCAUUCUGCUACUGUUUGUCCACAGCCUGGAAGCAAAUGUUGAAUGUGGCACGAGACCCCUGUAUGAUAGCAGAACUCGACACUCCAGGAUCAUAGGAGGGCAGGAGGCUGAGGUGGGUGAGUUUCCCUGGCAGGUGAGCAUUCAGGAAAAGAACAGUCAUUUCUGUGGAGGCUCCAUCCUCAGCCAGUGGUGGAUCCUCACUGUGGCCCACUGCUUUUAUUCGCAGGAGCUUUCCCCGCUAGAACUGACAGUCGUAGUGGGAACCAACGACUUAAGAACUUCACCCACGGUACUACAGGUCACCACCAUAGUCCGGCACAAAGACUUUCGGAGACUCACCAUGGACAAUGACAUUGCCUUGUUGCUGUUGGACAAGCCCAUCAAGUUCAAUGACCUGAUAGUGCCCAUCUGCAUGCCUCUCCAGCUUGACCCUUCCAGAUGGCAUGAAUGCUGGGUGGCGGGAUGGGGCAUCACCAACCCAGAUGACAAAGCAUCUAUGAAAAGUGACCUGAUGAAGGUGCCCAUGCGUAUUACGGAUUGGAAGCAAUGUUCCAAAGUGUUUCCGUCGCUUACCACAAACAUGCUGUGUGCUUCCUAUGAUAACGGGAGCUAUGAUGCCUGCCAGGGUGACAGUGGGGGACCGCUUGUCUGUAACACAGAGUCUGGAAAUAGAUGGUACCAGGUGGGCAUCAUCAGCUGGGGCAGGAGCUGUGGACAAAAGGGCUCCCCAGGGAUAUACACCGUGUUGGCAAACUAUACCAGGUGGAUUUGGAAAAUAGCCCAGAUAGAGGGAAAGCCCCUGGAUGAUCAGGCUCCAGAGGUCCCAGCCAAAAAGAAAACCAGAGGGCGCAGCCACUAUUCCAGAUGCUCAGCACUGAGCUUCCCCCAAAGCGUACUCCUGCCCUGUCUUUUGUCCUGUGCACUGCUCAGAGCCUUGUCCAACUGGGAAUAA